UCCCACUGAAACAAGGGAGUUCCAGAGGGACAAGCGAAAACGAACAUGAAGAAGCGAAUAGCUGCUGUUACUUCUUCUUAUCGUCUACUCAACCAAAAGAAUCACGCCUCUAACAGGAUCCUUCAUCAUCAUCGCCGAUUCAACGCUAAUUUCAAUCAAGUUAUCCGAUCGUCUUCAACUUCAGAAGGUGUUACCCAUCAUUGUGGCCCUGUGCCUCUCAAGCAUUUUCUUGCAAGUUGUAGAUGGGAUCUUCAGAAAUCCUCCCUGAUUCACAUGCAGAAUAUGCCUAUAAUCCAGCAGAGGAAUUUUGGUUCAGUGGCCUCCACCAUAGUUCAGAGGAACCCCUUGUUUUCAACUAUUAAUCAUGAUGAUAUCAUCUAUUUUGAGAAGAUAUUAGGGGUGAAAAACGUUAUCCAGGAUGACGAAGAACUACAACCUGCAAACACAGACUGGAUGCACAAGUACAAAGGCUCAAGUAAGCUUAUGCUCCAACCUGAGAACACUGAUGAGUUAUCUCAAAUUCUUAAGUAUUGCAAUUCCAGAUGUUUGGCAGUUGUUCCUCAAGGUGGAAACACAGGACUCGUUGGAGGAAGUGUUCCUGUGUUUGAUGAGGUCAUUAUUAAUACUCGGCGCAUGAAUAGAAUUAUUUCCUUUGACAAGGUCAGCGGUGUACUGGUAUGUGAUGCAGGAUGUAUACUGGAAAAUCUGAUUUCUUUCCUAGACAAGCAAGGCUUUAUUAUGCCAUUAGACUUGGGUGCAAAAGGAAGCUGCCAGAUUGGUGGAAAUGUUUCUACUAAUGCUGGUGGUUUGCGCCUGGUGCGUUAUGGAUCUCUUCAUGGAACUGUUCUUGACUUCUUGCGAAUAAUGCUGGCUGUUGAUGCCUUUUCAAGUCUUGAAGUUGUUUUGGCUAAUGGCAAUGUGAUCGAUAUGCUUGGGACUUUGCGAAAAGAUAAUACUGGCUAUGACCUGAAGCAUUUGUUUAUAGGAAGUGAAGGGUCUUUGGGUAUCAUAACAAAGGUUUCCAUACUCACGCCUGCAAAGUUGUCUGCAGUAAACAUAGCUUUCCUUGCUUGCCAAGAUUAUAUCAGUUGCCAGAAGCUUCUAUUCCAAGCUAAAAGGAGGCUUGGUGAAAUAUUAUCUGCAUUUGAAUUUCUUGAUGCUCAAGCAAUGAAUCUGGUUCUUCAACAUCUAGACGGUGUCCGAAAUCCAUUACCUUCCGCAAUUUACAACUUCUAUGUUCUCAUCGAGACAACAGGCAGCAACGAAUCUAGUGACAAGGAGAAGCUUGAGGCCUUUCUUCUCCAUGCUAUGGAAAAUGGUUUGGUAUCUGAUGGUGCCCUUGCACAGGAUAUGAAUCAAGCAUCAUCAUUUUGGCAUAUUCGUGAGGGUGUUCCAGAAGCAUUGAUGAAAGCUGGAGCUGUAUAUAAAUAUGAUCUAUCGUUGCCGGUUGAAAAGAUGUAUGAUCUUGUUGAGGAAAUACGAAUACGUCUUGGUGCUGCGGCAAAUGUAGUGGGAUAUGGUCACCUUGGAGAUGGCAACCUCCACUUAAAUGUCUCAACUCCACAGUAUGAUGACACGAUUUUGGCACAAAUUGAGCCUUUUGUGUAUGAAUGGACAUCUCGGCACCAUGGGAGUAUCAGUGCUGAACAUGGGCUUGGUCUCAUGAAAGCUGAAAAGAUUUACUACAGCAAGUCAUCUGGAACCGUACAACUUAUGGCUUCUAUCAAGAAGUUGCUGGAUCCCAGUGGUAUACUAAAUCCUUACAAAGUUAUCCCACCAUCGCUUCUAUCUUAAUCGAGAUUGGCGAUGAAGGUGUCGGUUGCAUUGUAAUGAUGGUUAGAGGUUCCCAGUUGUGCCUAAUCAGGCUUGGUGAUUUGGUUGCGACCAUAAUGUGGUUCAUGCAUGGUCUGGUGGAUCACCGUGUCUCUGUAUAAUAACAAUAACAAUGAAUCUUUCUUCCAUCUUGUAGUGUAAAGUAGGAGUAGUUCAUAUUUUGAUUACAAAACUAAGCAGCCAUGUUUACAAAAACCAAGAAAGAAGGGUAGUAGUGACAAUUGUUGUAUCAGGUAACAUUAAAUUAUAAUAAUAUAAUGUU